AUGAGCAAAUUAUUUGCCUUCGUUUUCCUGCUCUUAUCUGUCAACCAAUAUUCCGCCGAUGCACAGUCCAUUAAUGGCACACCUUCUCCAGCGCCCUCCGGCUCCUUCCCAACCCACUCGCCGCCGGCAAAAUCUCCUGCGCCGGCACAUUCUCUGGCGAGCCCUCGUCCAUCCCCGUCAAAGUCUCCAGAAGCUUCUCCAGCGGUGCCGGCUACUUCUCCAGAGGCCAGCCCGUCUUCUUCUCCGGCGGUAUCUCCGGCGCCGCCUAAUCAGUCGGCAGGUGUGCCGUCUGCGAGCCCAUCUCCGUCGAACCCUCCACCUAGUCCGGUGAGCAGCCCCACGCCGGCAAGUUCACCGGCGGCGGCCGCUCCUUCUGCCGGCGUCCCUUCGAGUUCCGCAACGCCGGAAAGCGCUCAGGGGCCUGCGGCAGAUGAGACAUCCUCCGCCAGAUGGAACUCUGUAUAUGAAGCUUCAGUUAUUCUUACUGGGCUUACUCUUUGGGCCGCUGUUCUAAUUUAA